AUGGUUUUAGGAACUCCGGACAAGAAUUUGCCCUCAAAACCGGUUGAGAAACAAGUCUUUCUUGAAGAUUUGAACAAGAAUCAAUUGGUCAAAGUUACUAAUGAACCAAGUGGAUUGACCAAUUUGGGAAAUACAUGUUAUUUGAAUUCCAGUUUACAAGCAUUGUUCCAAAUGGAAGAUAUUCAAAACAAGGUUAGAGAUUUCAGUUUCACUGGGUCUAACCAAACCCACGAUAACUUAGUGUUGGCAUUGAAGACUAUUUUCUUACAAAUGUCUAAAAAACAUGAAGCUGUGACUCCAUCUAUUUUUCUUUCACUUUUCAGAAGAUCCUUUCCUCAAUUUUCGGAACAGGUUAAUGGUAUGUACAAGCAACAAGACGCAGAGGAGGCAUUCUCUCAAAUCUUGACAUCAUUGAGAAGUGCAUUGAAAGUAGAUGAUUUGUUCAGAAUCGGUUUCAAUAAGGAAACAAAAUGUUUAGAUGUUCCAGAGGAAGCCACUAAAGGUUUUGAAGACGCGUUCAAGUUGGACUGUCAUAUUGAUGUGAAGACGAACUUUUUAAGAGAUGGUAUAUUGGCUGGAUUAAAGGAAACCAUUGAGAAGCACAAUGAUACAUUAAAUGCUGAUGCAAAAUAUGAAAUCUCCAAAACCAUAUCUAGAUUACCAAAAUACUUGACAGUUCAUUUCAUUAGAUUCUUUUGGAAAAGUGACAUCAACAAGAAAUCAAAGAUCUUAAGAAGAGUACAAUUUCCAUUUGAAUUAGAUUUAGCUGAAAUGUUAGACAGCUCCAUCAAACCAGAAAAAAUUGCGAAUAGAGACACAAUUAGAAAAGUCGAAAAGGACAACUUAGAUUUAAUCAGAGAUUUCAAGAAGGCCAAAAAGGAUACUAGCUUGACUCCUUUAGAACAACAAGAAGAGGAUGAAUUGAAGAUAACUUCAAUUAAGAGUAAAUUCAGGGAUGACUUGUCCACUGCAAUGCCAAAUAUUAACUUUGAGACAUCAACCGAGAACCCUUCGAGUGUAUAUGAAUUGAAUGCCGUUAUCACCCAUGCUGGUGCUUCUGCCGAUGGUGGGCAUUAUAAAGCAUAUGUUAAGGACCCAACUGAUUUGGAUGGUGACAGAUGGUGGUUAUUUAACGAUGAUAAGGUUAGCGCAGUUAACAAGGAAAAGAUCGAAACAUUAGCUGGUGGCGGUGAGAGUGAUGCAGCUUUAUUAUUGAUCUACAAAGGAUUGGGUUUCUAA